UAUUUAUAUGAUUAGUCAGAAUCAAAAUGUAUUCUAGAUGCUUGUUUUUGUUGCUUAUUUUAACAUUCUCCUAUUUAUGCCCAAGUUUUACAAAUACAUUAACUCAAAAAAAUUCCGGCUUUAAUCCAACUUUAAACGACAGCAUUCUUGAACUAUUUAACGACUGCAAGUGCAUUCCUUACUACCAAUGCUCUGAAGCAAGUCGUUUUAUGCUUGUUGCCGGAUCUGGCGAUUUACCGGAUAAUUUAACUUGUUCCGAUUCAAAUUAUUUUUGCUGUAACACAUCUACCGCUGAAGACAGUGAAGAAAAUGAAACGGAACCUCCAGUUAUAAUUACGAAAGAACCAGUGUAUGGAAUAAGCUGUGGUACACCUAGAUCGCUAAUAAAUGUUCGAGUUUUAACACCUGAGACCGAAUCAGCGACCAUCCGGCCCGGGGAAAUCCCCUGGGUUGUUGAAGUUAUGAAAAAAACGGACAAUUUGAAGCGCCCUUAUCAGUACAAGUGUAUCGGAAGUUUGAUUCACCCGCAGGUGGUUGUGACGACAACACACUGUGUCCGAUCAAGUGGGGAAGAAUCAUUAAAAAUUGUGUCAAACAGCCGGGGAAUUUUCCGGGAGAUUGGCGAUCGCCCCAAGAACGAACGAAACAUUAUUAAAAUAAUCAGGCACCCGGACUAUUACUCUGGCGGUUUGCACAAUGACAUUGCUUUGCUCAUUUUGGAAAAACAGUACGAUUUUGCAAAAAAUCUGAAUUCGAUUUGUUUGCCAACCAUUGCGAAUUUCACCGGUAAGCGGUGUAUUGCCGUGGGGUGGGGUAAUAAUCCCGAACAUGAAAAAACAUCCUUGAGAAAAGUCGAUGUUCCGAUAGUAGAGUUCAGUCAAUGUCAGGAACUGUUAAGAAAAACGCAUUUAGGGCCAGAGUUUGGUUUGCAUUCUUCGUUUAUGUGUGCUGGAGGUGAGGAGGGAAAAGACACGUGUAAGGGAGACGGGGGAAGUCCCUUGAUGUGCAUGGGUGAAGACUACAAGUAUGUGCUGGCUGGGAUUGUGUCAUGGGGUGUUAAUUGCGGAGUGGAAAAACAGCCGGGGGUUUACACCGAUGUUGGCAAGUUUAAGGACUGGAUAAGAGGCGAACUUGCCAAAUAUCAAAUUGUAAUUUGAUUUUUGAAUAAACUGUGAAUUGAUC